UGUUCAUGCUAGCUUGACAGAAUACUGGAAAGCGACCAGAUGGAAUUCAGCACUGGCUUCUUAACAGAUUCCGCACAUUUUAAAUUGUAUCGCACACAUUUUUAGCUGACUUUCCUGCCAACAAACAGCCCUGGCGUGACUACAAAAGCCUAUCUGGGAGGCUCGGCUGCGCUGUGAUCCGGGACAGAAGCGGUCAAGACAUUUAAAGCCACCCUACCAAACAUCUUCCCACUGUCCCAAGGCGAGUGUGUGUCCAUCAUGCCGCUGUUUGGUAAAUCCCACAAGAGUCCGGCGGACAUCGUCAGGACCCUGAAGGAAAACCUGGCCAUCCUGAUCAAACAGGAUAAGAAGACAGACAAGGCGUCUGAGGAGGUGUCGAAGUGUUUGGUGUCCAUGAAGGAGAUUCUGUACGGCAGCAACGAUAAGGAGCCUCACACUGAGACGGUGGCCCAGCUGGCCCAGGAGCUGUACAACAGCGGCCUGCUGCUGUCUCUGGUAGAAAACCUGCAGGUCAUAGAAUUUGAGGGGAAGAAGGAUGUGUGUCAGAUCUUCAACAACAUCCUGAGGAGGCAGAUUGGGACGAGGAGCCCCACCGUCGAAUAUUUCUGUUCCCACCAAGAGGUGCUCUUCAUCCUGCUGAAAGGGUACGAGACGUCCCAGGUAGCGUUGAAUUGUGGGAUCAUGCUGAGGGAGUGCAUCCGUCACGAGCCGCUCGCCAAGAUAGUUCUCCAGUCGGAUGAGUUCAACAGUUUCUUCAACUACGUGGAGAUGUCCACCUUCGACAUCGCCUCCGACGCCUUCGCCACGUUCAAGGAUCUCCUAACAAGACACAAAGUGCUUGUGGCUGAAUAUCUGGAACAGAACUACGACUCGGUGUUUGCAGACUACGAGAAGCUGCUGCACUCUGAGAACUACGUCACCAAGAGGCAGUCUCUAAAGCUCCUGGGCGAGCUGUUACUGGACAGACAUAACUUCACGGUGAUGACGCGCUACAUCAGCAAGCCGGAGAACCUCAAGCUGAUGAUGAAUCUGCUUCGAGACAAGAGCCCCAACAUCCAGUUUGAAGCCUUCCACGUCUUCAAGGUUUUUGUAGCGAACCCCAACAAGACGCAGCCCAUCAUCGACAUCCUGCUCAAGAACCAGACCAAACUAAUCGACUUCUUGAGCAACUUCCAGAAGGAUCGCACAGACGACGAGCAGUUCAACGACGAGAAGACCUACCUAAUCAAACAGAUCAGGGAUCUGAAGAAGCCGGCCUCCUAGAGAAGCCCCCGCCCCGCCCCCCGCCCCUCCGCCCCUCUGUUCUCUACCCCGACUUUUUAUUGAUAGGAUUACAGUAGAAAAAAAAAAACCACAUUAACAAUAACGGUUACUCUAUUUCAAAUAAAUCUUCUCUUUGUUGGUUCAUUUAAAACUCGUGCAACAGUAGUUCGCAAUCACUGAUCUUUCUUUUUGUAAAUGUUUCUCUUGAAAUCUUUUUAGUUUUAAAUCUGUAGCAUGUAGUGCCACAGCUGCCGGUGUCGGAGGCGGAGGAUUUGCUCUGUUGGGAGAACCGGAGGUUAAAAAAAAAAACAGCUUUGGGCAAAACGGACGUGACCGUUAUUGUAACGUCAGUCACCAGUUGCAGGUUCGCUGUUAGUUGCAGCUCGGUCAUCGUGUAUAAAAACACCUUCUCGGUCGUCGCUAAAAGCUUUAUGACAUUUAGCUGCUGCUCGUCUUUUCUUAUUAUACAGCCGAAGCGCCGACGAUUGCUUCUCCUUCUAAAACUAAAUCGAUCGUCACACUUAAACACUAACAGAUUGAAGCGUUGCCAACUCAAGGGACAGGCUUAAGUAAUUAAAUACACUACUCUACACAUAAAGGCUGAUUUGUCAAUGAUAAUAGCGUUUAAAGAAAAAUCACAGAGAUUUGGCGCUGGUGAGACGGAGAAUAGAUGUUUUGAAGAGAACUAGAUUGAAGUCACUUGACCAAAAAUUCCCAACUAAAUAACAAACAGCAGCUCUUCAUCUUCCUAAUUGAAUAUCGAGCUGCUCGCGCGGUACAGCACGCUUCCAUCGUUUUGAUCACUGGUUCUCUCGGCUGGUGGCUGACUGCACUUCCUGUAUGAUACAAAUAAUAUGCUUUUCUUUCACUGUUCUCACUGCUUGAGGGUCUUUUCUUUUCUUUUUUUUUAAUAUGUAGUUUAAUUUCUUGUGAUGUACAGUUUAUGGUUUGUACACCUGGAGUGAGUGCCAUUGGUGAGUGAGAACGUUGAACUUUAACAGUUGUGUGUGUGUGUGUGUGUUUUGAUCUGAUGUUGGUGUUUAGAAACCAGUGAGAAGAUUCAGAGGUGCCUUUUUUUUCGGUUUGGUGUGUUUUCCCUUCUUCCUUUUUGUAUUUUCAGUAUCUUUCUAGGGGAGCUUAAUUAUUAUGUUAUUGAAAAUAUGCUCUGUAUAGAACAUAUUUGUUGUGAUUUAAGCAGUGAACCUCUUAACUCACUAUAUUUGAGUUACGCUGUCAUAGAAACAUUUAAAACCUUUUGCAGCAGUGUACAGACCAGGGGCGCAGUUUCACUUUGAGUUUGUCUCCAAAGUAGCGCUGAUUUUGAAUACGCGGAUGACGAACCGUGUCGGCUGCAAACUCAUCGGGAAACUUGUCGCCGAGUGAGGCCAAAGUUGUAACUGAGAAAUGUAACUGUGAACAAUCCACGUGUAGUUAAAGGACCGUAAAAUGUGCAAAAUCAAUGAGGUCAAAAUGCUACUUUUUAAAGUGCUGUUGGUUUUAUAUUUGACUUCCAUUUUCUAAUAUUGACAUCUGUAUGUCAGUAAAUGUCUGACUUUAUUUGAUUUGCAUCCACUGACGUUUAUGUAUGAUGUCAUGAUGAUGAAUGUCUUUAAUUAGGACACUUUAAACAGACUGUCACUUCAAUACAGUGAAUCUAAGCAGUAGUGGAGGACGGUAUAAAGAUAAUUGCUAUUCUGCUUUUUAUUUUCAUCUGGUUUAAAAGAAAAAUAGUUCUCCAUGUUAUAUCUUCUGGGUUAAAAAUAAAAAUAAUUUUUUUUUGAUGCUAUAAGCUGUGACAUACUAUAUCAAAAAUAUAAUUCAAGAUGCAAAAGUGGACCAAUCAGCCGAACUCGACUGCGUCUGUUUUUCCCCAUUAAAAAAACACCUUUAGUCAGCAGAACUCCACAUUAUCUUCCCAGCAGCCUCCUUAUUUUCCACAUUCACUACAAAUAAAAGGAUGGGAAUGCAAG